AUGUCGCUUAGCAGCCACCUUCCAGAUCACGCAAGUGACCAGGAGGACAAGGAUGCUUUGGCAACUUCUGCAGCCUCUGACCGUUGCAAUUCUGAGAGUUCUGGCGGUGUCAGGCUUGACGAUUUUGUUCAACGAGAGUCUACUCAACAGGAGUCUGUUGCAGACAUUGAGCUUCUCAUCACUGAGCUUGAGGAGGAGGAUGGUAAGGGGCCUGACCCAGAGGUUAUCACCAUUGCUGAAGGGACUGGCCUUCGCUAUCAUGCUGGGCUGCUUGAAACCAACCUCAACUUGGGCUUGAAUGAUGCAGAGGUCAUCGCUGCACGCCGCAAGUAUGGCAGAAACUGCCUGAGGCAGGAACACCGAAACAACCUGGUGAAGUUCUUGAUGCUCUUUGUCGGACCUGUGCAGAUUGUCAUGCUGUGCUCUGCAUUGCUGGCUAGCGGCUUGCAGGAUUGGGUUGACUUCGCUGUUAUCUGCAGUCUGCUGAUGCUCAAUGCAGUCGUCAGCUUUGCCCAGGAAUUUCAUGCUGGAAACAUUGUUGACAGCCUCAAGGAGACACUGGCUCUCAAGGCUACUGUGACCCGAAACGGGCAUAUGCUGGAGAUUGCUGCAGAGGAAGUGGUCCCUGGUGAUGUUGUCCACCUCGAAGAUGGCACAAUCAUUCCAGCCGAUGGUGUCAUGCUCAGUGAAGGAGCUCACCUACAAGUCGAUCAGUCAUCCAUCACCGGUGAAUCUCUCGCAGUCGAUAAGCACCACAAUGACAAUUGCUUCGCCUCAUCCACUGUCAAGCGGGGAAUCGCCCGCAUGAUUGUAACUGCAAUUGGGGACCAGACUUUUGUUGGACGGGCUGCAGCACUCGUGAUUCUUGCAGAUGGCGGAGCUGGUCAUUUCACCGUGGUCCUGAAUGGCAUCAGUAUGAUUCUUCUGGCGCUCGUGACCAUCACUCUCUUCGUGGUCUGGGUGGCAUCCUUUUACCGGUCAAACCCAAUCAGAGACAUUCUGGAUUUCACUCUGGCAAUCACCGUCGUUGGAGUCCCAGUUGGUCUUCCGGCUGUUGUCACCACCACAAUGGCUGUCGGUGCAUCCUACCUAGCCAAGCGACAAGCGGUUGUGCAAAAGCUAUCCGCCAUCGAGUCACUGGCAGGAGUUGAGAUCCUCUGUUCGGACAAGACCGGCACUCUGACCCGCAACAAGCUUGCCCUUGGCGACCCGUACACAACUCCCAAUGUGACCGAGAGCGAGAUCAUGUUAACUGCUUGCCUGGCCGCAAGUCACAAGAAAAGAGCAAUCGAUGCCAUCGAUAGAGUCUUCCUCAAAGCUCUCAGGGCGUAUCCAGAGGUAAAGGCGGCGAUUGGAUCAUACAAGGUCAUCGAGUUCCACCCAUUUGAUCCGGUUUCCAAGAAAGUCACGGCUAUUGUUGAGUCACCUCAAGGCGAGCGAAUUAUCUGUGUCAAGGGCGCACCGCUCCCAGUGCUGCGAACUGUCAAGGAUGAUCACCCCAUCGACGGGCUGGUUGAAACAGCAUACCUUGAGAAGGUCACUGAGUUUGCCAGCCGUGGAUUCCGUGCCCUUGGUGUUGCUCGCAAGAUCGAUAACCAGCCUUGGCAAAUUCUGGGAAUUGUACCAUGCUUGGACCCUCCUCGCCACGACACCGCAAAGACCAUUGCAGAGGCCCAGCGACUCGGGCUUUCCAUCAAAAUGCUGACUGGAGAUGCUGUGGGUAUUGCACGCGAGACUGCUCGUCAACUCGGACUUGGCACCAACAUCUAUAAUGCGGAACGCCUGGGGGUGACUGGUGCUGGUGACAUGCCUGGCUCUGAAGUCAAUGACUUUGUCGAGGCUGCGGAUGGCUUUGCGGAGGUAUACCCUGAACACAAGUACAGCGUUGUGGAGAUUCUCCAAAAGCGAGGUCACCUGGUGGCCAUGACUGGAGAUGGUGUCAAUGAUGCUGCAUCGCUGAAGAAGGCUGAUACUGGUAUUGCGGUCGAGGGUGCUUCUGAUGCUGCUCGCUCAGCUGCGGACAUUGUCUUCAUGGCUCCCGGUUUGUCGGCCAUUAUUGACGCCAUCAAGCUCUCCCGUCAGAUCUUCCACCGCAUGUACUCGUAUGUGAUUUAUCGCAUUGCAUUGUCACUGCAUCUGAUGAUCUUCUUUGGCUUGUGGAUUAUCUCCAUGAACGCAGUCAUGGAUCUUCGUUACGUUGUCCUGGUCGCCAUCUUUGCCGACAUUGCCACGCUGGCAAUUGCCUAUGACAAUGCGCCUUUCUCGAUUUCCCCAGUCAAAUGGAACCAGCCCAAGUUGUGGGGCAUUUCCAUCAUCAUGGGCUUCAUCUUGGCAGCUGGAUCCUGGAUUGCGUUCGGCACCAUGCUUCUGCAUGGGGAGGGGGGCGGUCUGGUACAAAACUUCGGAGAUCGUGACUCGGUGAUGUUCCUUGAGAUCACCCUGACUCAGAACUGGCUGAUCCUGGUCACUCGCCAUAUCGAUGGGCCCUUCUGGAAGAACCUGCCAUCCUUGCAGCUGCUGAUGGCGGUUCUGGCCGUCGAUAUCACGGCGACGCUGAUGGUGGUCUUCGGCACGUUUGCCCACCCGGCAACCUCCAUCGUUGCCGUGAUUCGGACCUGGGUGUUCUCCCUCGGUGUUGUUGUUAUACUCGGAAUCGUGUAUAACUUCCUGCAGAACUCGCAGGGGUUCGACGACCUGAUGCACGGUCGUAGUCUGCGAGCCAAGGCUCGAGAGCGGUCCUGGGAGGACUUUUUGCUCUCUCUGCAGCGGGUUUCGGCCCAGCACGAGAGAUCGACUUGA